UCCGAACCAUCCAAGGACCAACAACAUAUAUACAUAUUAACAAAAGCAUCCCACCCUGCAAGUUGUAAACAAUCUUUAAUUCCCUCUCUCUCUCUCUCUCUCUCUCUCUAUAUAUAUAUAUAUAUAUAUAUUCACCCUGCAUACCAACGACAUGCCCGCCAUGGAAGCAGAGCAAGAAAGACGUGAAGAAGAAGAGGUGGUUAAGGAAUUAGAAACGCUUUGCAUACAAGAGAAACAAAGCGGGUCCGGGUCAGUCCCGGAUCUCAAUGAGGUGGAAGAGAUAUUGGGAUACAGGUUCAAAAACAGGAGGCUGUUAGAGGAUGCUUUCACGCACGCUUCUUUUUCAGCAGGGGAGGGCGGCGGCGGCGGCGCUUCCUACGAGCGAUUGGAGUACGUGGGUGAUGCGGUGCUUACCCUACUUUUCUCCAAGGAGCACUACUUCUUGUACCCGAAUUUUCCACCCGGCCCGCUCACCCAGCUCCGGGCCGCCAAUGUCGACUCCGAGAAGCUUGCUCGUGCCGCCGUCAAACACGGGUUGCAUAGAUUUCUGCGCCACAAAAAACCCUUUCUUGAGGAAAAAAUUCAACGGUUCAAACAAGGGAUCUCAGAGUACCCGUUGCAUUCAAACGGACUCGUUCAUGUACCAAAAGCCCUCGCAGACAUUGUCGAGUCCACCAUAGGAGCAGUUUUCAUUGACAGCAACUCCUCCACGGACACCGCGUGGACGGUGUGUAAGACAUUGUUGGAGCCCAUCAUAACUCCGGAAACCAUUGGAACACACCCUGUGACAAUGCUUUAUCAGUUCUGCCAAAAGAGAAAUUUGGCAGUUAAAUUCGUUGACCAAUGGAAGGAGUGUACGGCCUUCGAUGUUUUCAUAGGAGACCAGCAUGUAGGAAGAGGUGUAUGUGGCCUCAAGAAGGAGAUCGCGUGUAACAGAGCAGCCAAAAAUGCUAUGGACAACAUCGGCAGAAUACUUGGUGAAACAGAUGUUUUCCAACAGUACCAUGGUUGCUUGAGUCACAUCCAGCAAUCUCUCGAACAAUAAUGUUAUAAACAUUUUAUUUGACAAUUAAUACUGAUGCGAUAGUUUCAAUCAA